AUGAUUCCCGGCACCCCAGGCAGAACCCGUCCUUGGCAGUCCAGCUACAGCUUCUACUAUGACAAGAAGAAUCCACAAUGCCCACCUCCGAGCCCUAAAGUGGAGGUUGAAGAGAAGGAGCCCGACGACCCCAACGUAGUCGACUGUACCUGUCCCGAUCCUUGUCCGGACACUAGUGGCUGUUCAGACGCUCCGCGGCCGCAGGUGAAAAAUGGAUCUUCUUGCGAAGGGAAGUCUAAACCUAAAAAUGACCCGUGUAAUAGGAAAAUAAGCACUUUUGUUGUACCCUUGAACUUUUAUAGACGUUUCUCCUCUAAAUGCCCCCCCAAGAAAGGUUCCGGCUCUCCGUCAAAGUCAAGCUGCGGCUCGAAGAAGACUAAGAAAUCUAAAUGCGGCUCAAAAGGAGGUCGUUCUACGAAACGUAAAUGCGUUCCGAGAGGGAAAAUCAAAUCUAAAUGCAAGACGAAACGGGCUUCUUCGAAAUCUAAAUGCGGACCUAAACGGUCUGCUUCGAAAUCUAAAUGCGGAGCUAAACGUUCUCGUUCGAAAUCUAAAUGCAAACCGAAACGUUCUCGUUCGAAAUCCAAAUGCAAACCGAAACGGUCUGCUUCGAAAUCUAAAUGCAAACCGAAACGGUCUGCUUCAAAAUCCAAAUGCGGAGCUAAACGUUCUCGUUCGAAAUCCAAAUGCAAACCAAAACGUUCUCGUUCGAAAUCCAAAUGCGGAGCUAAACGUUCUCGUUCUAAAUCUAAAUGCAAAUCUAAAGGGACUCGUUCUUCGAAACGCAAAUGCGUUCCGAGAGGGAAAAUCAAAUCUAAAUGCAAACCUAAACGGUCUUCUUCGAAGUCAAAAUGCAAACCGAAGCGUUCUUCUUCGAAAUCUAAAUGCAAACCGAAGGGUUCUUCUUCGAAAUCUAAAUGCAAAAAGAAGUGUGCUGGUUCUUCGAAAUCUAAAUGCCCUUCGAAGUGCAAGUCUAAAGGAGGAAGUAGUGGCUCUUCUAAGGCACACAUACUGCAGCAGCAACAAGUACUCAUCAUUUUGGCCGACACCUCGAGUAUUAGCCUUUUUUGGAAGACUACCCUCAGCUCCUUUUAUGACACACAGAGCCUAUACACACUCCUGACCCCUAAAUUAAACGAAGAUGCGAAGGGGUUCAAUAAGAAGGCCAUCACCUGUUCUUACACUCUGAAUGUUAAAACUGCUUGCGAAGAGGUGUUCAAGCCAAAAACUAGCCUGUUUCAUAGGAAAAAGUGCAAUUUGGUUACACCCCUGAACUUUUAUAGACAUUUUUCCUCUAAAUGCUCUCCUAAAAAAGGAAAAGGUUCCGGUGAUUCUUCAAAAGAUUCUGGUGGUUCUUCAAAAGGAGGAAAAGGUAUGGGUUGUCCUGCUAAAAUACCUCAGGUUAAAUGUGGUUCAAAAGGAUCCGGUGGUUCUUCAAAAGAUUCUGGUGGUUCUUCAAAAGGAGAGAGAAAAGGAGGAAAAGGUAUAGGUUGUCCUGCUAAAAUACCUCAAGUUAAAUGUGGUCCAGAAGGUUCCCGUAAAUAUUCAAAAGUUUGUGGUCGUUCUUCAAAAGGUUCCGGUCGUUCUUCAAAAGGAGGGAAAAAAGGGAUGGGUUGUCCUGCUAAAAUGCCUCAAGUUAAAUGUGGCUCAAAAGGAGGGAAAAAAGGUGGCAAAGGUUCAAUUUGUCCCCCUCAAAAGAAAGUUAAAGAUUGCCCACCAAAAGGUAAAGGGAAAAGGAGAGGCAAAGGUUCAAUUUGUCCCCCUCAAAAGAAAAUUAAAGAUUGCCCUCCAAGAGGGAAAGGGAAAAGUAGAGGCAAAGGUUCAGUUUGUGGCGCUCAGAAGAAAGUAAAAGAUUGUCCGCCAAAAGGGAAAGGGAAAAAGGGGGGUGGUAGAAGUACAGUUUGCCCUAAACCGAAGAAAGUUAAAGGUUGUCUCCCAAAAGGGAAAAAAGGUAAAGGUUGUAUUAAACAGAAAAUUGUAAAUUGCCCACCAAAAAAGACAGGCAGUAGCAGCAGACCUGUGUGUGGAGCUGUAGCUAGGAAGAAAGGGAAGGGUGGUGGUUCUGGGGACUGUCGUGCACUUCUCAAGCCUAUACAUCCAAAGCCGAAGGAGGACGCGAAGAAGAGCAAGUGCCCACCAAAAGGCAUGCCGUCGCCGCCCAAGUGUAAAUAA